UCAUGGCAGUCCUGACUGUGUUCAUACGGCGUUCAAGUUUAGAUGGUGAGCAGUGAAAUACACCAACUACAAAUAACACCAAAGGACAUGGGCUCAUUCAGAGAAAGACCCGAAACCAGACAAGCUGCUUUGUUCAGCAGCCUCAUAAGAAACUAGCUAUCUUGGACUGGUUUUGGUUCUUCCACUGUUGGAUUAUUUUUUGAGGAUCUUCGUUACUAGCUGCCUUCCUGACUGCCAAAACACACUCCGCUAUAUUACUGCCCCGGAUCCACCCCUACCCCGAGCGCUGAGGUCAUGGCGUCGGCCCAGCUGAAGUACCUGUCUCUAGGUGUGCUGGUGUUCCAGACCACAUCCCUGGUGCUCACCAUGCGCUACUCACGCACCUUAGCGGAGGAGGGCCCACGCUACCUGGCCUCUUCUGCCGUGGUGGUAGCAGAACUGCUGAAGAUUCUUGCCUGCUUGGGCCUCGUCUUCAAAGACCACAGCUACAGUGUCCGUGGUCUGAGCACCGUCCUCAGGCAGGAGAUCUUCCACAAGCCCAUGGAGACGCUGAAGCUGGCCAUUCCCUCAGGCAUCUACACGCUACAGAACAACCUGCUCUACGUAGCGCUUUCCAAUCUGGAUGCUGCCACCUACCAGGUGACCUACCAGCUGAAGAUCCUGACCACGGCGCUGUUCUCUGUCUCCAUGCUGGGCCGGAGGCUGGGUCUGUACCAGUGGCUGUCUCUGCUCGUCCUGAUGUGUGGGGUGGCGCUUGUGCAGUGGCCCGUGGACCCCCCGGGCGGGGCAGAGAAGGAGCGGCCUGCCGUCGGCUCACCCUUCGUGGGGCUGCUGGCCGUGCUGGUGGCCUGCUGCUCCAGUGGCUUUGCGGGCGUCUACUUCGAGAAGAUCCUGAAAGAGAGCAAGCAGAGUGUGUGGGUCAGGAACAUACAGUUAGGAUUUUUUGGCCUGGUCUUCGGCCUAUUUGGAAUGUCACUGUAUGAUGGAGAGAGGGUGCGAGAGCACGGAAUGUUCCAGGGUUACAACUCCAUCACCUGGACCGUAGUGUCACUUCAGGCUCUGGGAGGUCUGGUGAUAGCCGCCGUGAUUAAGUACGCAGACAACAUUCUUAAGGGGUUCGCCACCUCCCUCUCCAUCAUCUUGUCCACACUCAUCUCCUACGUCUGGCUGCAGGACUUUGAGCCCACCAGUGUCUUCUUUUUGGGAGCAGUGUUGGUCAUACUGGCGACGUUUCUAUACGGCUACGAGAACAAGCCAGUGUCCAAUCCCAGUCGGGCAUAAUGGUGACACCAGAGGAUUCGGGGAGAGCAGCGGUCAGAGGGCAAGCAAGAGAAAAGAUGGGUGACGGCACGUGUGUGUGUGUGUGUGUGCGCGCAUGCGUGCGAGUGUGUGAGUAAAGGGUUUGAUUGGCUGAGCCAGACUGGUCACCAGAGGCCAUUCUAUGAGCAAGGACUACAGCUACGGUGAGCCAGAGGAGCCAAAAUUACUGUUAACGCUAGUCAGAUCAUCUCAAGUAUUCGAUGGACACUGUCCAGCCCUCCUGCGAGUGCCAGCAUGAGCAGUUUGUGACCAUCCAGAUGGUUUUAUUUUGGUGGCUCUUCAUGUUGACAUUUGAUAGCAAAGUUCUGCGUCAGAUGUGAAGAGGUCGUGAUUUCCAGGUGCCGUAUCCGCUAUGUGAUGCCGGUGUGUUUUCCAGACCACAGCAGUAUGGACCAGCAGUUAGCCCAUUAGGAAAUCACUGGACAUUACAUACACAAUGAGAAGAAUGUUUAAUUAAAACUUGAAGAAAUGUAAAGAAAAAAUAAUAUUAAAUAA